AUGCCCGACGUCAACGGGUUUCACGACAACACCGAGAAGCGACCUGUCGACUCCGAUUCCGCCGCACCGGUGGUAGAAGCCGGUGCGCCAUCGCAGACCGAUCCCCAAUCCGUGCCCGACAAGGCGAUUCAAACCACCGAGACGAAGGAUAUACCUCAUGAAAAUACUGGGACUGUUCGAUGUACCGUCGAAAAUGGCUGUCAUGAGCAUCGGGUAUCCGGCGCGGACGCGAAAAGUGGCCACUUCUCGGUAGCGCCAGAGAAGGCCCUCGGUUUUGUGAUUCAACACACCGAAGAGGAUUCGGUUGCCGAGGCUGGCUCAAAACAUCGCACACUGCAUCGUACGUCCCUGGUGGAUGUGCUGGAGGACGCUGAAGCUACUGCUGCCCUACAUCGAUGGGCCCGAGAACCGUCAUCCGUCGCGAACAAGGACAAGGAUCGUGAUCGAAUUCUCAAGCUUUCCGAAGCCAAGAUACAGGAGCUUACCUCGUCCCCGCAGUCCAUUCCAUAUCGCGCGGUCUCGGAUUGGAAUAAAGAGUCGAGCCGAAAGGUGACAUAUUCUGAUGGGCCAUCUCCGUUGCUUCCACCGAUGGAGUCGGAGGUUUCAAACCUUUCACCGGUUGAACCCAAAGCCUCGUUCGACGAGAUCCCAGCAUUUCAACAUAAAGACUCUUUCAAUAACGGGGAUGGGCUGAAUGGGUUAGGUCUAAAAACGCCGUCCACUCGGACCCGUCCGCAUAUGAGCCGCGCUGUGUCGACUCCUCAAUCCACACGGAAACAGACAUUGCCAGGAAACAACAAUGAACGCUUGACGCAAACUUGGACGUCUCGUCAUAGGCAUGAGCGCCCUUCAGUUGGCCGGGAGGCUGAACCGAAGAAUCUCAGAAGUCCUCCCCCGCCUCUGGACCAAGCCGUACCAUCUCCAUCACAAAACAUUCCUCUUCCACCAAUAUCCAUUCCUACCUACCUACAACUGGAGCUUGCUUCGGGAAAUCCUUCUCCACUGUACAUACAUCGACCCUCCAUGAAUGACUUCCCAUAUGAGUCGGCUCGCGUCAAGCUAGAGCGACUGGUCAACUUUCUAGUGCUUCCACCAGCACUAGAGCAGGUGCUGUGGUUUGGAAUCUUGGCGUGCCUAGACGCAUGGCUAUACUCUUUCACAAUCUUACCUCUCCGUUUUAUCAAAGCGGUAUAUAUACUCUUCGAAUCCUGGGCACGGAAUUUGGCUGCAGAGAGUCGAUAUCUGGCCCACUUUGUCAGGAAUGGCGUGGGGCGGGUUUGGCGGCGGCGGAAUCGGAAGCCUUCAAUGUCAUCGACGGCCCACACGCCGUCAAUCGAACAUGAUACCAAUCCCAUUAGGCCGGAGCCACGUCGGCGGCACCGCUCUGAUACCUACCGACACCGCAGGCAGAGGUCCACCCCCUCGGCCCUGCUUCCGGACGACAAGGCCGACAUCCUCAAGGGGCUGCUGAUGGUUACCACUUGCACUAUCCUCAUGUACUUCGACGCAAGUCGUAUGUAUCAUUGGAUCCGAGGCCAAGCAGCCAUCAAGCUAUACGUCAUAUACAAUGUGCUUGAAGUCAGUGACCGUCUCUUUGCCGCUAUCGGUCAAGACGUCCUAGAGUGCCUAUUCUCUCGUGAGGCGCUAGAGCGUCGUCCAGAUGGACGCAGCAAGAUAUUUCGGCCAUUUGGACUUUUCCUGUCGGCGCUGGCGUAUACGGUCAUUCACUCCACAGCUCUCUUCUACCAGGUCAUGACACUGAAUGUGGCCGUCAACUCAUACUCUAAUGCCCUGAUCACCUUACUACUAUCAAACCAAUUUGUGGAGAUCAAAGGCUCUGUAUUCAAGAAGUUUGAAAAGGAGAAUCUCUUCCAGCUCACUUGUGCGGAUGUGGUAGAGCGAUUUCAGCUUUGGCUCAUGCUUACAAUCAUUGCGUCACGGAACAUGGUCGAGACCGGCGCUUUCAGCUUUGGGGGCAGUUUACUCAGUACAAGCGUGAGUGGUACGUCUGCUGCAACAAAUAGCACGCCGCUGUCAACACCUCCAAAGUCGUCGACUUCGAUUCUUCCGCAAGCGUUCACUUUCGUUCCGUCGUCCCUGAUGGCGUCCUUUAGCCAUGUCAAUUCGUUCCUUCCGGCGCUGGCCCAAGUACUUGGUCCAUUCUUGAUCGUUCUCGGCUCGGAAAUGUUUGUGGACUGGUUGAAGCAUGCAUACAUUGGUAAAUUCAACAACACUCGACCCGCGAUCUACGGCCGGUUCCUAGACAUUCUCGCAAAGGACUAUUACACAAACGCCUUCGGCGAUCAAAACUUGAUGCGCCGUCUCGGACUUCCAAUUAUUCCACUGUCAUGUUUGUUCUUCCGCGUCUCUGUACAAACGUAUCAAAUGUUUCUGGCUGCAUUACUCCCCCACUCUCCACCGUUGUCGCCCUCUUCAUCGACUGCAGUCGAGACCACAACUCUUGCAGCCAUACACAGCCAGUACGUACCGGCAGGCCCGGUACCCUCGCCACCGCCGAUUACCUUAGGAACGAUUUUCCCUGCAACAGCAGCGCACGCCGAAGCAUGGUUUCGCCGGGCGCUUGCCAAUGCAAUGCCAUCGCCCGCUCAUUAUGUCUACAUCCUGACAAUUGUCCUGGUUCUCACCGGAUUCGUCAUCCUGCUUGUUUGCAAGCUCUUUCUCGGCAUGCUUCUUCUGACCUGCGCACGAUCCCGCUAUAGGUCGAUGAAGCAGCGGGAGGCGGAACACGCAGCCGCAGCCGCAGCCGCAGCUUCCUCAUCCGCUCCACCCAAUGCCCCAGAAAGUCACGGGGCUUUACGUGCGCGCGACUACGUAGUAGAUGGUGCGCGACGUGUUGGCGGCUGGGGGACAGUGGAGGUCAACGAAGACAGCCGGCGGUGGAUAUACCUUGAUGAUCCGGAUAGCCUACGCAAGCUGAAAGAGAAGGAGAAGGCGAGCCAGAAGGCAAGGGCCGCACACGGCGAUGAUCUGCAUUUGGACCACGUCCAGCGGUAUGAGAUGGCUGCGAAGCGGAUCUGGUGA